UCUGGUUCUGGUCUCAGUCUACCUGUGUCUCUGGUUCCAGGAGAGCUGAGCUGUCCCCUCCAGGCGGUCUGGCUGUUGGACUAUGCUGUUUCUGUCCACUGGGUGGCGCCUCCUGAGUCCAGCUCACCUCCUCCCUCGCUCCAUCGCCAUGUACGCCACCCGCCUCUACGGCACGGCGGGGGGAGGAGGGGGAGGAGGGUUCAAACAAAGCAGAAGGGCGGGGCUAGCGAUGCUGGAGGCUCCUCCCCCUCACCUCCCCCACCAUCCUCACCCACCGCCGCCUCCUCCCCCCACCUACCCCCUGUACCAGGGCCGCCCGGACGCCCAUCGAGGGCCUCACUUUCCCCAUCACUACCACCCUCACUCGCACCACCUGGCCCCGCCCCCUUUCCCCCCUCAUUACCAGCCCCACGUGUCAAUCCACGCCUAUGGGGGGGCAGCCCCGCCCAGCGGCGCCGGAAAGAAGAAGACCUGGAACUUUAUCCACGAGAAGAUGAGCUACGACACCUUCUUCACCAUGAAGCGUCUGAUCGAGCGCUCACGGCAACCCGACGAGGUUCUGCGCUGGGUCACCCAGAACCCCUCCAAGAUCUCCCACAACCACUACCCCGUGGCCCUUCAGAAGAUCGGACAGCUCCUGCAGUCCCCCCCGCGGGCCCCCGCCGACGGAGACGCGCCGGAGGUCGACAGGCGGCAGAUCCUGGAGCAUCCGGACUUCCAGACUCUCUGUGACGCCAUCGUCAGCGACUGCGCCAAGUUCGACAACUUCAGCAUCGUCAACUGCCUGUACGCCGUAGCCUCGCUGGGACUACCGAGCGAUGCCAAGGUGGUCCACGUCCUGGAGGCGGAGUCCCAGUCCAGGCUGAGCCAGUUCAACCAGAAGGACGUGUCCAUGGUGUUCAGCUCCAGCAUGCGGCUCCAUCCCGGCAGCCAGCACCCUCUGACCGAGGCCUGCCUGGCCGGCCUGGAGAAGAACCUGGAGCGAGAGCGCCACCCGCAGACGCUCUUCCUGCUGCUGUCUUACUACAGGCUCAAGUGGCGCUCCCUGCAGCCACCGGAGCCGCCUGCAGGGGGCGCCAACACGCCGCCAAACCCCGAGCAGCUGGUGGCCAACAGGAAGAUCCUGCGGCUGGUCAAGCACACCCUGGCCAGCGUCAGCGGCGUCCGCGACCAGGAGAUGGUGCUGCUGGACGAGAUGCUGGCGGCGUGCGCUCGGGAGGCUAGCAACAAAAGCCUGGAGCUGAUCUUCAGUUCUCAUUUGUUCUACCAGAACAGACAGGAGAAGUUCAUCAAGAGCCUGGCAGAUGAGCUGCCCAAGAAGGUGGACAGCAUCACCCCCUACACCAUGGCUCUCAUCUCCAAAUACGUCGCUCGGCACCGGCUGAGGGAGACGCGGCUGCUGGACGCCAUCGCUGACUUCCUGGUCAGGAAGGCUGAGUACCUGGACAGUAAGGUGAUCCAGAAGCUGGUGUUCCCCUUCAGCAGGAUGAGCUACCGUCCGUCCUCUGAGCAGCAGUUCUUCUCUCGGCUGGAGGAGGUGGUGGAGCUGAAGGCCCUCAGCUCUCCUCUGGCCACCGUCAACAUCCUGAUGUCUCUGUUCCAGCUGGGACAUUUCCCUGGGAGCGUCCUCCACCGCGUCUUCUCCUCCGCCUUCAUCAGCAACGUCACCAAUAGUCCUUAUGCUCUGAUUGUUAGAAGAUACCUCUCUCUCCUCGACGCUGCUGUGGAAUUGGAGUACCGUGACUACACGGGCCCUCGUCUGCAGGACGCCCAUAAGGUGCUGAUGUUUGACCACGCCCUCACAGCCGACGAGGUGAACCGCAAGUACAGUUAUAAAGGUCUGGUGGCUGAAGCCCUGCGGCAGCUUUUGGGAGAGCAGAGCUUCAACCAGGAUGAGGUGCUGCCCCCUGGAUACCACACAGACUUCAUCUUAUGGUUGGACAGUUCUGGGAGGGUUCUGCCCAUCAGGUCCGGACCCUGCGUCCCUCCUCCCUGCAUCGCCGUCACAGUCAAGCCCGGGGCUGGACCAGUUACCACGGAAACGGCGGUGGAGGACGGUAGCGAGCCGCCCGCUGCGGCUGCCGAAGGAGGGGGCGGAGCUACAGAGGACAGGCCCUUCAGGGCUCACCGCAUGUGCAGCAUAGGGGGGGCUCCAGCACCCGCAGAGGAGCCCCGCGCCGGCACCAACGGCGGGGCCCUGGACUACGGCCCCUACUUCAUCCCUGCAGCUCAGUACUACUCAGGUCUGGCCAAGGAGCAGUCUGUAGAGAGCCAGGACAGCUCCACGCUAAGCAGCCCUCCCUCCGAUGGCCUGGCCCCGCCCCAGGCACCUCCAGGGGCCCUGGCCCCCGACUCCCUCUUCCAGUUUUCCAUUGGGAAGAUCUUGGAGGAUGAGGGGCCCGCAGCGGCCCCAGAGGUCCAGCAGACGGACUGCGAGGCGGCCGGCUUUGGAGCCGAAAGGGGGGCCGCCCCCGACGAGGCCGGUCCAGAAGGGCCCCGGCCAGAGCAGAGGCAGAUCCGCAGGGUCGUUAUGUCCGUUAACGACAAGUGGCACUACUGCCACAACUCGGAGGUCCUGGUGGGCUCCAGGGCCAUGAGGGACCGUCACCUGCAACUGCUGGGCUACAUCAUCCUGCAGCUGCCGUACCAUGAGCUGGAGAAGCUGAACGGCAUCGAGGAAGUGAAGCAGUACCUGCACCAGAAGCUGCUGGACGUCCCAUUAUGACCUCGCCGAGGGGGCGGGGCCAGAUCCGUCAGAACGCGUCUCAGUGGACCUGCUCAAGACUUCCUGUCUGCAAGGAGCAGCUCAGCCACUCUGAUUGGUUACUGUGGCUUCCCCAGGUGGACUCUGAUUGGCGGCCGAGGGCGGCCACAGUGGACUCUGAUUGGCUGCCACAGUGAGCUCUGAUUGGCUGCCAUGGUGGACUCUGAUUGGCUGCCACGGUGAGCUCUGAUUGGCUGCCAUGCUGGACCCUGAUUGGCUGCCAUGGUGAGCUCUGAUUGGCUGCCAUGGUGGACUCUGAUUCCCAUCAGGCUUUGCGGCAGCCUGCAGGUGUGAGUGAAUGUAAUGGGGUUCUGAGGGCAGGGUUUCAUUUUCUUGUGUAUCCAUGGUAACUGUGAUGCAUGAGGGACUGUUUUAAGCAUGUGCCAAAGGUGGGAGGAGUCAGAGUAUUUAUUUGUGUAUCUGGGAGGACGGACAGAAGGUUGUUUAUAUUCUCUUAUCAGCUGAAAUGUCUAUAAAAGCUGAAACCAGC